AGAAAAGUGAUUGAGGGAGUUCUUUGUGUGGCACCAUGCAUAGCUUUGGUGUUGUUCUGGGUAAAGCCCUGGCGGUGGGGAGCUCCUCCACUGAGGUUGUUCCCAUCAGCUGGGGGAAAGACUUUCUUUCUCAAAGGCUUUGUGCUCUGGAGGGCCAAUGGAGCAGCCAUGGAGACCCGAAUGCUUUGUUGACCAGUGCAGUCUACCUGCAGGGCCUUGUUCUCACAGUGUGUCUGUGUCUGUGGUUUGGUUUAGUUUAGUUUGGUUAAUUAAUCUUUUUUUAGACCCCAGUGCUCGCCUGAUGAGCCUGUGAUCGAGUAGAACAGCAGAUUUGGAACCAUUGUCUUGUUCUGUUUCUCUACACAGUGUAAACUGUGGCAUGUGCCUGGGAUUAGAACAUUUCACUGAGGAUUACUUUUUAGCAGCACCCCAAUGGCAGUUUGCUUGCAGGAGAACUGUGGAGGGUCUGAGCGCUAAUCCUGCCUGCUGCUUGGCUAAAACGCACUCAGUCAACACGUCUGUGAAGGCGAUUUCAUGCACGGAGAGUUGACAGCGGCUUCUCGUUGCAGUAGCACUGCUGCUAACCUCGGUGUCCUCUGUGUGAGUUGGGGAAUGUUGCAGUUCAUCCAGAAGCACAUUCAUGAUCACAUAGUGGAACGCAGGAUUCGCCGGACACGGCUCGUGACCAAGGAUGGCCACUGUAACAUUGAAUUUGGCAACGUUUAUCAUCACAGCCACUUUGCGUACUUAAUGGACUUUUGGACCACCUUUGUUGAGAUUCGGUGGCGCUUUGUUAUCCUUUCCUUUGUGACUGCUUUCACUGGAAGCUGGUUCGUCUUUGGUUUGCUUUGGUAUUCGAUUGCAAAGAGCAACGGGGACUUGGAGGCUCCUGAUGGUCAUACAAAGUGCAUAGACAACAUACAUGGUCUCACAACUGCCUUUCUUUAUUCUUUAGAGACCCAGACAACCAUUGGCUACGGUGGGCGAGCUUUGACGGGGCACUGUGCUGGAACAGUGGCCCUUCUCGUCAUCCAGUCGCUCAUAGGCGCCAUCAUAAACUGCUUCAUGUGUGGCCUGAUUUUGGCCAAAAUAUCUCUGCCUAAAAAGAGAGCCAAGACCAUUACCUUUAGCAACACUGCGGUGAUCUGCCUCAAGAAAGGAAGCCUCUGUCUGCAGAUCCGGGUGGCUAACCUGCGCAAGACUCUGCUCAUCGGCAGCCAGAUUUACGGAAAGCUCCUGAGGACCACCAUCUCAACAGAUGGAGAACCCAUCAUUCUGGACCAGGUGAACAUUGAGUUCUUGGUGGACGCUGGCAAGGAUAACCUGUUCUUCGUGUGCCCCUUGACGCUGUACCAUGUGAUCGACAACUCCAGCCCCUUUGCAGAAAUGGCGGCGGACACCAUCCAGCACCAGGAGUUUGAGCUGGUGGUCUUCCUGGAUGGAGUUGCGGAGUCCACCAGCUCUUCCUGCCAGGUACGCACCUCCUUCAUCCCCCAAGAGAUCCAGUGGGGUUACAGCUUCCUGCCCAUCAUUUCUCGGACCAAAGGGGGCAAAUACAGAGUGGACUUUUCCAACUUCUCCAAGACCGUGCCGGUGGUGACUCCGCACUGUGCCUGCUGCUAUCUGAACCAGCGCAACAGCAACCUCAUACUUCACCAGCACAGUCGACAGGGCAUUGAUAACCCUGGGUUUGAAGUGAUUGCCAUUGAUGAUUCAAUUGACAAUACUCAAAUGUGACAGUAUACAAAAAAUGCUCUCAAAUGGAAAUUCUACAAAUUUCUCAAAUGGUUUGCAUAAAUAAGUGCAAAAAAACACAUUCUAAACAGUGGUGGUAAACAGAAACAGAUGUUUGAACCCUCUGACCCUCUGAUUUUUGCUGCCAAGAAAGGGGGGGGGCAGUGGGUUUGGAAGAAGCACUGGGUGAUGUAUGGGUUUAGAGGCAAAACAGGAGAGGGAGAGCUGAUUGGCUUAGCUGUAGCAGCAGCAGUGUGCCUCUGAUAGCGGUGAGAUCCAGUUGAUUGAAUUAUUGUGAUGUGUCUGCGUACCAAAGUACUCAGAAAUAUUUAUAAAAAUUUUAAGCAGGACUGGUAUGUUUUAUUACUUCACAAGAACACAUUUGAGCUAUUAAUGAAAAAAAAAAUAUGGUUUUAGGCUUCAUUGAACAAAAUGUUUUUACACCAAAAAUGAUUAUAAAUUGGAAAAUAAAGAAAAUAAAAGGAGGCAUGUCAAAGAAAAACUAUUGUGAAGAAACAUAUUGAAAGAAACACAUACAUCUUGGCAAUUUAUUCAAAUUUUAUUGAAAUGUUUGAAAAAUUGGUGGAAUUUACCUUCAAUUUGCGAUUCUCCGGAGUCUUGUGGAUGUUUGAAGUCAAGACUGUUGUGACUCAAGACAAGAUCCUGCAAAAAAAAAAAAUGGAACCAACCACAUGGAAGUGAAUAAUGCUAUAAGCUAAAAUCUAUGCUAAUGCUACGGACUACUGGGGUGUUGGCUACCUGUGCUAACUUUUAAUCAUUCAAGUUCCUCCAUUUCACAUUCACAGACAAUUCAAAUGCACACCAAAAGCUUUGAGAGCGCGAGAGAGUGAGCGCCUCAUCGCAGAUGUUGAAAGGAAGUGCUCGGUGGGUGUCCGUAAGAGGAUUAUAGCAGAGGUUAGGUUUGAAUAAGUGUUUGAGUGAAGGCAUAACGCCAGGAUGUGAAGGCCUAAGCAUUGUUCUUUCAGUACUAUUCUUUGGAAUAAAGACAUUUACAUAACAUUAA